UCUCUGAAGCUGAAUUCUAGUAGACUCGUUAUUUUCAAUCAAUCUUUUCCUUUGCACAGCACUCUGCAUCUACCUUUUUCCAUUGCACUUGUUGAUUCUUGGAGUACAUUAGGUUUUGUUACAUUUCUUCCUUUCCUUACCUACCACUUUCUUCGAAUGUGCGUUGCUUUCUUUAGUCAUGGAGCCUUACACAACAAUCUUAUAUCCUUUACCUUUCAAGAGAUGUAGAUCUUUCCAUGGGAGUUAAAUAUUUCGCGAGGACAAGGUAAAUUCCUAUUACCCCCAGAUUGAAAGGGGAAAAGUCUUUGGGCACUAAGCUGAUUUCACAGGGUGUGGGGUGGUAAUUUCAUGCACCUUGGGUGCUGGGUUACAUGACCAGUUAGCAUUUAUGCGUUAAAAUUAAGAAUAUAUACCUUCCUAUUUGCAUCCUAAAGUUCUCCACUUCUUCUACCCAUAAACAGGGAACUUAAAUUCCUUAGAACUUAGGAUUGAGAGAGAGCAGAGGAGCCUUUCAGUUCAAGUAAAGGUCAGUCAACAAAGAUACUAAGUCUCAAUUGCACUUUCUCAGUGGAAAAUGGUGAAAGAUAGAAAUUUCCAAGUCCAUACCAUUUCAGUUUUUAACAUUUUCUUUUUCGGGGUAAAAUACCAAUUUCUCACAUUCCCCACGAAGCCUUCCGGUUCGGUUCCUUUCCAUAUGAUGAAAAGAGGAAGGCAAGAGGAAGGCGCAACGAAGGGGAAAUGUCAUCUACGUGUUUCCUUCGUUAGAACUACAAAAGGCAGAGAGCCUCUCAGAGAGUAAGGUAGAAGACGUAGAAGGGUUGAGGCUGAGAGGUGUUCGUUCAAGCGUUUACUGUUUGGUGUCAUGGAUCCACCGCCGCAACGAGUUGUAGAGUCUCGGCUUCCUCCUGGAAGAGCCUUAGGUGAUUCCUCCGCCAUUAUUACUGUUAUGAUCGCCUUCGUCUCCAUGGCUGCCUUGAUCUUGGUCCCGUCAUCAAUUUCAGCUACGAACAAUAGCUUUUCCAUAUUACAUCAAGUUCCAGAAGGCCAUGUGGGUGUGUAUUGGAGAGGGGGUGCCCUUCUAAAAACAAUUACUUAUCCAGGUUUCCAUUUGAAGCUGCCAUUGAUAACUCAGUUUGAGCCCAUCCAAGUGACCCUUCAGAAAGAUCAGGUUAAGGAUAUUCCGUGUGGAACAAAAGGUGGUGUUAUGAUAAGCUUUGAUAAAAUAGAGGUUGUUAAUCGUCUCCAUAAGGAUUAUGUUUAUGAGACUUUGCUCAACUAUGGCGUAGAGUAUGAUCAUACAUGGAUAUAUGAUAAAAUACAUCAUGAAGUCAAUCAGUUCUGCAGUGCUCAUAGCCUUCAACAGGUUUAUAUAGACAUGUUUGAUCAGAUUGAUGAAAAGUUGAAAGAUGCUCUUCAGGGUGAUUGUACACGUUAUGCCCCAGGUAUUGAAAUUAUAAGUGUGCGUGUCACAAAACCCAAAAUUCCAGAUAGCAUAAGGCGCAAUUUUGAGCAGAUGGAAGAGGAACGUACCAAGGUCUUGAUUGCCAUUGAGAAACAACGAGUUGCUGAGAAAGAGGCCGAGACACAGAAGAAAAUGGCUUUAACAGAAGCAGAGAAGAAUGCACAGGUUAGCAGGAUCCUCAUGGAGCAGAAGUUGGAGAAGGACAGUGCCAGGAUGCAGCAGGAAAUAGAGAACCAAAUGUACAUGGAUCGUCAGAAGAGCUUGGCUGAUGCUGACUUCUACAGAUCGAUGCAAGAGGCAGAAGCAAACAAGUUGAAGCUUACACCUGAAUUUCUUGAGCUCAAAUUCAUUGAAGCAAUAACAAAUAAUUCCAAAAUCUUCUUUGGAGACAAGGUACCAAGCAUGGUGUUUGACCAGAGAUUGCUCGGAAAUUUUCUGAAUGACAUUUCAAGGAAGAGGAGCUCAGAUUUGUAGGUUUUUAUCAAUUUCAACUCGGUGAUCGGUAAAGACGACAUCCUAUACAGAUAAUGCAAGACACAGGUUGGAGUAGAAUGGGGUACAUAGAAGGUUGAUCUGUUUUUGCAGCUUGCAUUUUCAUCGGUUCUUGUCAGUUUAUAUAUGCUUGCAUCUUGCUCUAUAAGCUGUUGACGGAUUGUAAAUUCAAACUCUUCAUAUUCAAUGUCAUUUUUUUUUUUUUUUAAAUCUUCUGGACAAUUCAGGGAGAGUAUGGGAGUUUGUCAUCAUUUUAAAGAAAGCUUAAUCAAUAAGCCCCGUUUGGUUCAAUCCAAAAAAGAAUCAAGUUUAUGAUAAUAUUACUCGUUUGUCUGAUC